AUGAACAGAUUCAUGGCUCAUAUGCUUAUUGUGGUCACGCUUUGCUUGACAGGAUAUAUCUGCACCCAUGUAUUAGCGGAGUGUCAGAUUGCUGAUCGUGACUUCUUUCGUGAGCAGUUGAGACUUCACAGUGUGCUAUUCAAAAACUAUGUCCCAAAACUGUCGCCAGUAGUAGUGGCUUUCAACUCCACCGUUGAAGACGACAGUUCUUCAAAGUAUACAGUUCUGCUUACACUAGAGUACUUGAAGUUGACUAGAAUGAAUGAGCCGGGACAGGAAGCGGAGUUUACUACUGAGUACACUAUAGAGUGGAAAGAUGAGCGGCUCAAGUGGGACCCAAAAGACUACUGCGGAAUUCAUUACAUAUACGCCCCAAGCUCGGAUGUGUGGUUCCCUGAUAUCACAUUCGUUACUGCGCAUUCUCCUGCAGACUACCGAAAUGACGACCACAAAUUUGUUAGGACUCAGGACUUUCCAUUCGAUCGACUAAUAUGCUCUAUUACUAUAAAGUCUGCAUUGUUCUCUGCUUAUGAGUACGGUAUCCAAUUUGCUUUCUCUCCUCAGCUGUACAAGAAAUUUCUUUUUGAUAGAAUGGGUAAUGAAGAGUGGAGAGCUGAAAACUUGACAGCGGAAAGGUACCUUCGUGAUCGAAAAUUCAACGAUUCCUUCGAGAUAGUGCGUUUUCCCCUGACCGCUAACCUUCUGAGUCGACAUCAAAACUUGACGCAGGAUGGAGUGUAA